UUAACCUCAACGACGCACUCCCAGGGAGAAAAGCAACCAUGGCCAAAGGUGAGACCUGGGUGAGAGCAACCAUGGCCAAAGGAAGCUUUUUGCACUCCACCACCUCUGGCCGCUGGGAAGACGUCAUCGCUUCCGCCCUACUUCCUCCUCCUGUUGGCGGCGGUGAGAAUCCAAUAUGGAGUAAAUCGGUGGAGUCGAGAGAUGGGGCUCGGACGGGGCGCCCUGCACCGCCUCCCAGGCGCACCUCCCCCGGCCGCCGACCGCUCCCCGGAACCGUGAUUGGCCCGGCCCCCUGGGGGCGACCCCGGACCGAGUCCCCCCACCCGCGGCCGGCACUCUCCUCCUCCUCGCAGCAGUCCCCGCCGCUCCAAGGCGCGCUUGUUUUUCUUCUGCUCUCUCCCACCGCCGUCCCCUUCCCAAAUCUCGCCCCCUUUGCCCGCUCCCGAGCCCCCGGAGCCUCCGCCCGCCUCUCCCCACGGCGCUGCGGCGUUCACUCUCCUUGCAGCCUGCCUUUGCACCCCUUCCCCCAGACCUCACCCCGCUCCCUGCUUCCCCUUCUGCUGCGGCGCCCCCAUCUCUAGCCGCCCCCCCUCCCCAAAUCAGGCGAUCUCCGGAGAUGUGAAGAAGGGGGGCGAGCGGACAGGAAGAUGAAGGGAGCAAAGCUGCCCGCCGCGGGAC